GAGAGAGAGAGAGAAAGGGGAGAGACGGGUGGGCAGGCAGCUCACCGUAAACGAUGGUUGUCGGAUAGAGUCUUGAAGACCUAAUGAAACUGGCUGGUUGAAUUGUUUUUGCAGCGAUUAUAGAGCUCAGUGGCCCGGCGUGCUUUGCAUCUCUCGGAUCCUUGGAAGGAGAAACUGCAGCAGCACGCAAGAUAAAGAACAGUAAAAAAAAAAAAAGAGGACUUUAACAUCUUAGUUUUUUUUUGCCACGGGUUUUCCACUCUUAUUUUUUUUUCCUGCAUUAAAGUCUUUUCACGUCAGCAGCAACUCUUUCUCAUUGGACAGGACCGUUUCAUGCCCGGAGGAAGACCGACCUCCGUCUUGGACCCAAUACCGUCCUCCCACACUCCUCUGGCGGGCUCAGAAGCAGCAGUUCCCGGCAUUUGCUGGGAUGUUUGAGUCGCGUUGUUUGGUGGGGUGAAGGGACCGAGAGAGUGGCCGGAGAGACCAAAGGGACGAAGGCCGAGAGAGGAGCCGAGAGCAUGGCUCUGGUAGUGCUGUCUCUCUGGGUGCUAACGAGUCUCACCUGGGCGGACGUGAUUCCGGUGCCAGCCAACAGGCAUUCCGUUUACUGGAACAGCUCCAACAUACAUCUGCGUAGGGAGGGCUACACAAUGCAGGUGAACGUCAACGACUACCUGGACAUCUACUGCCCUCAUUACAAUGACAGCCAGCGCAUGGUGGGCACCGGCGAGCAGUACGUCCUCUACAUGGUCAGUUACCGUGGCUACAGGAACUGCGACCCCCAGCUGGGCUUCAAGAGGUGGGAGUGCAACCGGCCUCACGCUCCCCACGCGCCCAUCAAGUUCUCCGAGAAGUUCCAGCGCUACAGCGCCUUCUCGCUGGGCUACGAGUUCCACGUUGGACAGGAGUACUACUACAUCUCCACGCCCACCCACCAUCACGGCCGCAGCUGCCUGAGACUACGAGUGUACGUCUGCUGCUCCACGGCCUCUGACGUGGAUAAUGAGCCAGAGCCUACAGAACCAGACUACACGCUUAGACCAGGCCUAAAAAUUGAUGAUAUUGAUGAAUUUAACCCUUUUGUUCCCAAGCUGGAGAAGAGUGUCAGCGGAAGCAGCCCAUCCAGGGAUCGCCUUCUCCUCACCGUGACAAUGCUCCUUCUGGCCGCUCUCUUCAUCUCCUAGCAACGGCCAUCCCAUCAGCGUCACCAUGCCAACAAGCCUUGGGAGGGUGUACAGUAUCA